CCCUUGCAACAGUCGUGUUCGGAAACUAAGCGAUUUCAGUCGUGUUUCAGCGCAAAGGCUUCCUUCAACAGGGAAUGGAUGACAGGCAUAAUUAUUCACACAAAAAAAAUGUUACAAUUUUCUCAUAUAUUAUCAUAUUUUUUUAAAUUAAUUUAAUCAGUGUAAUGUGUGAUUUAAAUAAGUGGAGUAACUCUGUAAAAUUGUAAUUGAUAGUCUUAUAUUCUGAUUCAAAGUGUUAAAAGAAAGUUGAGAAUUUACAAAUCAACUUAAAAUGUUUUCAUUUUCGGGAAAGAAUAAACGAAAAAAAAUAUCUAAAGUUGUUAUUGAAACAUCACCAGUAAGAAUACAGGGUGUUACACUUUCUUGGCGUGAUUUAUCUGUUUAUGCAAUGAAUCGUAACAGUAGCAUUUGCAAACAACUCAUAAAUAAUGUUCGUGGAAUUGUUAAACCUGGAGAUCUAACAGCUAUUUUAGGAGGAAGUGGAGCUGGUAAAAGUUCAUUGAUGACAGCUCUGGCAUUCAGAACAGGACCUGGUGUUGUUGUUCAUGGAGAAAUCAGAGUCAAUGGACAGCCGGUUGAUCCUACCUACAUGAAACAUUGCACUGGCUUUAUGCAUCAAGAAGAUAUUUUUAUUGGAACUAUGACAGUACUUGAACAUUUGUGGUUUAUGGCUAGAAUGAAAUUGGACAGAAGAAUACCAAAUUGGGAAAUAGAAGAAAGAAUAGACAUUCUAUUACGAGAAGUCAAUUUAUAUAACAGAAAAAAUGUGAUGAUUGGAACGGGUGGAGAUGAUAAGGUUUUAUCUGGUGGAGAAAAGAAGAGACUAGCAUUCGCAACAGAACUGUUAACUGAUCCAAAAAUUUUAUUUUUGGAUGAACCAACUACGGGUCAAGAUUCGACCUCUGCCACAGCUCUUAUCUCACAAUUGACCUCUUUUGCUAGUCGAGGUCGAACUGUUCUUUGUACAAUCCAUCAACCGAGUUCUGCUAUUUUCAAAGAGUUCCAUAAAAUUAUUUUGGUUGCUGAUGGAAGAAUUGCUUUUGCUGGCACACAAGAAGCUGCACAAAGAUUUUUUGCCAAACAAGGUUUUGAAUGUCCAGAAAAUUACAAUCCAGCAGACUUUUUAGUUGCAACUCUAGCUAUUACACCAAGAAAUGAAGAAAAUAGUAGACGAACAGCCCAAAGCAUUUGUGAUGCUUUUCUCACCAGUGAAGCUUGCAAGGAAAUAGAUAUUGCAUUACAACAUGAAAUUCAUAUAUCUAAAUCAUAUGAUUGGAGAUUAGAUAUUUGCAAUGAUUUCCAAGAACCUAGAUGGUGGUCAAGAUUAUUUUGGCUGACUCAUAGAGGAUUUUUGCAAGUGUUAAGAGAUCCUUCUGUACAAAUGUUCAGGAUACUCCAAAAAUUGUGCGUCGCUAUGAUGGCAGGUCUUUGUUUCAUUGGUGCAAUAAAUCUAGAUCAACUUGGCAUUCAAGCAGUUCAAGGAGUUCUUUUCAUCCUUGUAGCAGAGAAUACCUUUUUUCCAAUGUAUGCAACAUUAUCAUUGUUUCCACAAGAAUUAGCACUCUUUACAAGAGAACAUCGAGCUGCUAUGUAUCCUACACAUAUUUAUUACCUUUCUCGAAUGAUUUCGUUGGUACCAGGACUAAUUUUAGAACCUGUCCUUUUCACUAUGGUAAUUUACUGGCUGACAGGAUUACGAAGUACAAUAGAAGCCUUUGGACUUACUUUACUUGUCACUAUUUUUACUAUGAAUGUUUCUACAGCCUGUGGAUGCUUUUUUUCAGCAGCAUUCGAGUCAAUUUCAUUAGGAAUGGCAUAUCUUGUACCUUUCGAUUAUAUUUUGAUGAUUUCUAUGGGCCCCUUUGCAAAACUCAGCUCCUUGCCGAUUUACGUGAAGUGGGUUAGAUACAUAUCAUGGCUUUUGCAUUCAACCGAGGCCUUGACAAUCGUUCAAUGGCAAGGCGUACACAAUAUAUCAUGUGAACUAGAACGAAUCGAACUCCCUUGUAUUCGAGAUGGAUCUGAAGUAAUGGAGCUUUAUGAUUUCCAUGAAGACAAUUUCUGGAUAGAUAUUCUUGCUAUGGCCAUAAUGUUCAUUUGUUUCCAUCUUCUGGGAUAUUUUUGUCUCUGGAGAAGAUGCCGAACGAAAUGAAUGUAUAAAUAUAAGCGAUACUUUUGAAAAAAAUUAUUAAACUUUGUACAUCUUUAUAUAAAAUGUUAACUACAAUUCAUCUUAAAUAAGUAAUAAAAGCAAUUUAAAUAAAAAAA